CUUCAUCACUCAAUCAAGCUCUCACAUUCUUUUUUUUUCCUCUCUUUUUCCUUCCUUUUUUUUUUCUGGAGUCCGAUGCUAUCUGGCAGCAAUCAUCUCUUCAAGCGUUUGCUUUCUUCUUCCUCUUCUCCCAACAAUACCAACAAUAUUAUAAAGCCAUGGCUUUUGAUAGGUCUCGGGAACCCAGGAGACAAAUACAAGUCUACAAGACACAAUGUUGGGUUCGAUAUGAUCGACGUUUUUGCUGAGUCCCAAGGCAUACCCAUGAGCUCCGUCCACUGCAAAGCCCUCUUUGGCGAAGGAAUGGUUGGGGAAACACCAGUUCUGCUUGCAAAGCCUCAGACGUACAUGAAUCUCAGUGGUGAAUCUACUGGGCCACUUGCAGCCUAUUACAAACUACCACUGAACCGUAUCAUUGUGAUGUAUGAUGAUAUGGACUUGCCAUGUGGAGUCCUUCGGAUACAACCCCAAGGUGGGCAUGCACAUCAUAAAGGGUUAAAGAGUGUAAUUUAUCACUUUCGAGGAAACAGAGAAUUUGGUCGAUUUAGAAUUGGCAUAGGAAGACCCCCAGGUCAGAUGGAUCCAAAGGCUUUCCUGCUUCAGAAAUUCAACAAAAUAGCUCGUGAAAGGAUCGAUUCAGCUUUGCAAGAAGGGGUUGAUAUCCUGAAGAUGCUCUUAGAUAAAGGCUUGACAGAGUGUUCAAGAUCCGCAAACACCGAACAGAAAUACAAUAUUUGUGGAAAAUCCGAUAAUACCAUACCAAAACCUUAA